AUGCUGUCCAAUAUUUCUACCAUCUUAGAAACUGUCAACAAGACGAUGAACAAAACAGAACAAGUAGAGAAUGAGAAAAUACUCUCUCUUGCUCACUUGGUUUGUGUUUCUGUUUUAAAUGCUCUUUUUUCUGUCAUCGGUACCUUUGGCAAUGUCGUAGUUUUGUUGGUSAUCAUCAAAAACGCUGCUCUACAGACAGUACCAGACUUGUUUAUCUUCARCUUAGCAGUAGCAGACCUUAUUGUUGCUGCCGUACAGCAGCCAUUGCUGGGAURUCGUAUCUACAAAGCAGAUAGUCCWGACAGGCUUUUUAACACUGUUCUACAAGCAAUCGGAUAUGUAGCGCUUCUUGCAUCGGUUUCGGGCAUCUUUCUCGUGACAAUCGAUCGCUUUAUUGCCAUACAGUUUCCUUUCCUGUACGUACGAAUAUCUGCGAARACGAGAGCUGCCAAAGUCAUUGCUGUCUUGUGGGGUUUCUGCUUUUGUAGUUCUGCCGGGAACUGCUUUGUUCAAAGUUCUAGCAAGUACUUUUUCGUGUGGUCAUAUAUCUCAUUACUUUUAUUWCUGACUAUCAUCAUGUAUUUGUACUUGUUUAUCUCAGCAAGAAAACAACAGAAGAGGAUAGACAGGGARGGUACUCUUGGACACAUAAGCUCACAAGAAGGUGGCAUCGCCCAGCAAAGAGGAGUGUCCGAAUUUAGGAGACAAAAACGGAAGCGCAAAGCUGCGAAGACUGUAGGGAUAGUGAUGGGAGUCUUCAUUGGUUUUUGGUCUCCUUUUCUUGGGUAUACUAUCUCUAACGCCAGCAUUGCCAAUACACCAGAGUUCAUGAGAGGUUUCUACUGGGUUUGGGCAGUUUCGCUAUGGAACAGCGCUAUCAAUCCUUACAUCUUUUGCGCCAGGAACACCAGAUAUCGAUCCGCGUUUGCACGGCUCUUGGGGCUGAAGAACAAAKUAGAGUUAGAACCAAGUCAACAGGCAUCAUUCCGAAGAUCACUACAGAAGACUGAGGGAUCUAACAGACUACAGAGGGGAGCCGUUGGGAGCGUCCGAGAUGUUUGUUGGUGA